AUGGCUUUCGACGUGCUCUUUCUGACACGCUUCUCAUUUGCAGCUUGUUUCAACAGGGGUCUACAUGAUGCCCUAUGCGGCACCUUGCCGAGAUUGAGCGCGUCUCCUCACGCUGCGGUCCUGAAGACUUUUAUCUCCACCCAUAUUGCCCUGGUUAUUGCUCUCGUCGUCUUUUUUUCUUCGACAUGGUCAUUCUCUCGGGUGGGGCGGCCGGUGCAUUUCGCCCGGCGCACAAAUGUCGGUGAGACGACCUACACUCGUGAUACAAAUUCAUGGGAGCAGGGAGGGGGUUUCGCCGAUAGACUCAUCGAUCUCGACAAGUCAUGAACCAAAAUCAGGAUCUUCAGCUCUGGCUGCCCCAAGACUUCGGCUCCUGACAAGGCGCGAACUGGACGCUCGGUGAUGCCGGCUAGUGUUUCCAAAAAGCGAGACGGUUAUGGCCAGCUAGCACGUGAUGGUGCCGCGGCUGCAUUCGGA